GCACGCAACUCGGUACUUCCGUCUCUUUGAGAAACUGGAAAUCCAGCAGCCUCAUCCACCCAAAGCCAAACCCCACAAAAACCCACCCUAACCCCUCGCCUCCCUUCCUUUCAUUCAAAUCUUUAGGGCCUUAUUCAAACAUCGGCAGCAGCACGCAUGGCUUCUCAUGCCGCCAAUCUGUGGGUGCUGCUGGGGCUGGGCUUAGCUGGAAUUCUUCUAAUGACCAAAAGGCUUAAGAAAACUAUUAAAGCUGACUUUGGAGCUUUCAUCCAAAAGCUAGAGCUGCUUCCACCGCCUCAACCUGCUCCUCCCAAAGCUCCCCACCCUCUUACCGGUCUCAGUUUCGCCGUCUCUGACCUUUUUGACAUUGAAGGAUAUGUGACUGGGUUUGGCCAUCCAGAUUGGGUGAGGACGCAUGAAGCAUCUUCUCGAACGUCUCCUGUGGUCUUGAGCCUUGUAGAAGGAGGCGCCUCUUGUGUUGGGAAAACUGUUGUGGAUGAACUGGCCUACGGUAUCCAUGGUGAGAAUAAACACUAUAGCACACCGACCAAUCCUGCAGCACCAGCACGUAUUCCAGGUGGAUCCUCUAGUGGAGCAGCUGUUGCUGUUGCGGCUAAUUUUGUAGACUUCUCUUUAGGCAUUGAUACUCUUGGUGGCGUGAGAGUACCUGCUGCCUUCUGUGGUGUUAUUGGACUUCGACCCUCAUAUGGUGUUGUUUCUCACACAGGAAUCAUACCUGUUUCUUCAAGUCUCGACACUGUUGGAUUGUUAGCUAAGGAUCCUAACAUUUUACAUCGGGUUGGCCUUGUGCUCUUGCAACUUCCAUUUUCGGUUCAACGCAAUCCUAGGCAAAUUCUGUUGGCUGAUGAUUGUUUUCAACUGCUAAAGAUUCCUAUGGAAAGAGUUUCUCAAGUGGUCAUUAAUUCCACUGAGAAGCUUUUUGGAAGACAAGUAUUGAAGCAUGAAAAUCUUGAGGACUACUUCAGCUCUAAGGUCCCAAGCUUGAAGGAGUUUUAUAGGCAGAAAAUAAAUAGUGAUUUAAAAAUUUCGUCCAUAAGAUUGCUUGCAAAUGUUGCGCAGUUUCUUCAAAGAUAUGAGUUUAAAUGUAUGCAUGAAGAAUGGAUUAGUUCAGAAAAGCCCAUUCUUGAUUCUGCCGUCUCCACACAAAUAAAUGAAACACUGGAUUUGACAGAUAAAGAGAUUGAAAUCUGCAAAUCAAUUAGGAAUGAGAUGCGUUUGGCAGUCAAUUCUCUUCUGAAGGAUGAUGGAAUUCUGGUGAUUCCUACCACUGCUCAUCCCCCUCCGAAACUUGGUAGCAAGGAGAUCUUCUCAGAGGACUACCACAAUUGUAUGUUUAGUCUGUUGAGUAUUGCUAGCAUAUCUGGUUGCUGUCAGGUCACACUACCACUUGGAUAUCAUGAUAAAUACCCUGUUUCGGUGUCCUUCAUAGCCAGGCACGGUGGUGAUCGUUUUUUACUGGAUACGGUUCAGACUAUGUAUUCAUCUCUGCAAGAGCAUGCUGAUACUGUUGCUAAGUCUAAAUCAUCAUGUAAUGCUGUCAACCGGGAACAGUCUGCUGAGGUUGCCAAAGAGAAGGGCAACCAAGCAUACAAAGAUAAACAAUGGCAGAAGGCUGUUGGGUUUUAUACUGAAGCUAUCAAGCUUAAUGGCAAUAAUGCAACAUAUUAUAGUAACAGGGCUGCAGCAUAUCUUGAACUAGGAAGUUUCCUCCAAGCAGAGGCGGAUUGUACCAAAGCCAUAAACCUUGAUAAAAAGAAUGUAAAGGCGUAUUUACGGAGAGGCACUGCUAGAGAAAUGCUUGGCUACUAUAAGGAGGCAAUUGAGGAUUUUAGGUACGCCCUGGUGCUUGAGCCAACCAAUAAAAGAGCAGCCCUUUCUGCUGAGAGAUUAAGGAAGGUCUUUCAGUAGGUGGUCGGAAUAUAAUCAAAUUCCAAGUGGACUCACUGUUGCAGAAUUGGUUCAUAUCUUGGAAGUCUUCCUUGAUUUUGUUGCAUCAAGGGCUUUAACUAGGUGGAGUUUUCGAGCAUCUCAAUGUUGCCCCAGGAUUAGUUUUGAGAGAUGCAUCUUGAUUACGAGAAAUUCUCUUCCUUGGCAGGUCUGGAGAGAUGUUAUUAUUUGAUCUCAUCGCAUUGUCUGCAGCAUUAGUUUAUUAUUAUUAUUGUCAGUGUUGUAAGGAUAGUCCAAUUUUGUUCCUUAAUUUUUUUUUUUGUAUUCUUGUGCAAUACUCGG